CUUCACUCAAACACAUCCCAAAGCAGUCAGCAGACCCCUUUCCUCUCUGAAUAGGACUACAAGAACCACACCAAUGAUUUGAUUGGAAUCUGACUUGGAUGUCAAUCUGUCUGCAGAGAAAGAUGAUUAUCUUGCGAUAUCUGAUGGUUAUGCUCUCUAGCUGGCCCCUGGGAGAAACUUUUAUUCUGAAAUCCUCAGGGCAGAAACCCAAAGCAACUCCAACAGACUUUGCUCCAGUCAUCACCCUGAACAGUUGCCAAGGGGAACCCCUGUCAGACAUCAAACAUUUCCUUCUGAGGGGUCUGAACCUGCAGAGAGAGCCUCAGACGAAGGGGACUGGACUGGCCUCACUCAGGGAGCAGUGGAUGGCUGCGUUCACAACCCAACGCAGUGACUCUCAGACAGCACUGGACAGCAACGCAGGAAACUCCCAGCAAGAGUUCUCUGGAAAUACAACAGGGCCACACUGCUGUCAACUGGUCUCUAAGAUCUACAUACAAGACCUGGGCUGGCAGAACUGGAUCAUCUACCCAGAGAGGUUUACCUUCACCCAGUGUGCAGCCUGCACCACACAGCUGAACCCUGCUGGCCAACAGUGUGGAGCGCACCUUCCCUCACAGGACUCCCCUCCAGAGGUUUCCUGCUGCAAACCUGCAUCCCAACACCUGGUGCCAGUGCUCUACCUGGAUGAAUUCAACACACUGAUCAUCUCCUCUGUGUAUCUGACCCGGGACUGCAGCUGCACACCAGCCAUCAACCCCCAUCGCCAUACUUAAUAGACCUGUCCAUUCUCCAACGGUUUUAUAUUAUAGUGUAGAGCUCUCUAAAUAAGAUCCAUACUCUACAUUUUAUAUACUGUACAUGGUCAUGUUCCCAUACUCACAUAAACCCCAUCUAAACAUA